UCUAAUAAUAAUUAGGUGUCCAUUCCUCCUAUAUAUCCGGGGACACCCUGUCGCCCGCCAUGAAAUCCGCGAAGCUCUUUUACCUAACGCUCUUCGCGCUUUGGGGAACACCUGGGCAAUGUAAGGGCAAAGAAGCUCAAGAUGAAUCAUGCGCAGUAUGUCGCCUUCGUUGUACAACAUAGUUAUCUAUAUCUACUUCACAGCCAGUUCACUGGCAGCGACCCCGUCGCAAUAUGAAUUCUUAAUCUCUAACCAAAAUGAAACCGUCCAGAUCUCACCCCGCGCAAUCGUAUCUGACGCAUGUGCUUCCUAUUCUACACUCGAAAAAUUAAACCGAAAAGUCAAACCCGCUCUAGACCAACUUACUCAAGAAACCGACUUCUUCUCCUACUACCGUCUAAAUCUGUUCAAUAAAAAAUGUCCGUUUUGGAACGACGAAAAUGCCAUGUGUGGCAAUAUAGCUUGCGCUGUAAACACGAUAGACAAUGAAGAAGAUAUACCCAAAAUCUGGAGAGCAAGCGAGUUGAGCAAGUUGGAGGGGCCGUCCGCGAAACAUCCCGGAAAGACAGUACAGAAGGAACGGCCGAAAAAGCCAUUGCAGGGCAUAUUAGGAGAGAAUGUUGGCGAGAGCUGUAUCGUGGAAUACGACGAUGAAUGUGACGAGCGAGAUUACUGUGUGCCAGAGGAUGAGAGCGCGAGCGCAAAGGGCGACUACGUCAGUUUAGUUCACAACCCCGAACGUUUCACAGGAUACGCUGGUGAAGGUGCUAAGAUGGUUUGGGAUGCUAUCUACAGAGAGAACUGCUUCCAGAGGUCAUCGUUUCCUCAUUCGGCCUCUCUUGGAAUCAGUCCUGUUGCCAAGGGACCGGCUGCGCAAGACUUCCGGAACGUUCUCCAAGAUGCGGAGCGCCAGCAGAUUUUGCAACAGCACCAACAAGACCCAAACACUAUAUUUGCGCAGGCCGGGCUAGAGGGUGAGGGCGACUGUUUGGAAAAGCGUGUAUUCUACCGCGUAGUGUCCGGCAUGCACGCGAGUAUCAGCACACACCUUUGCUGGGACUUCUUGAACCAGACUACUGGUGAAUGGCAACCCAAUGUGGGUUGCUACAAGGGUCGCCUGCACACAUUCCCUGAUCGCAUUUCCAAUUUAUACUUCAACUACGCACUUCUUACCCGCGCAGUCGCCAAGAUCGGUCCGCAUCUGCAAGAUUACACUUUUUGCACAGGAGAUCCGGACCAGGAUGCCGCUACGAAGGCCAAGGUCCUCGCCGUGACACAAGGAGCGGCUUCUGUACCCCAAAUCUUCGAUGAGGGCCUCAUGUUUAAGAACGGUGAGGGACCAUCGCUGAAAGAGGAUUUCAAGAACCGAUUCCGUAAUGUCAGCCGUGUUAUGGACUGCGUUGGUUGCGAUAAAUGCAGACUCUGGGGCAAGCUGCAGACCGCAGGGUACGGCGCGGCAUUGAAAGUGCUAUUUGAAUUCGACAACGACAGUGACGAAAUUCCGAUGCUCAAGCGUACGGAACUUGUAGCCCUAUUUAACACCUACGCAAGACUUAGCAGCUCGAUGAGAGCCAUCGUUGGGUUUAGGGGCAUGGUCGAGGCUGAGGAGAAGCCGAAACAAAACGUCAUUCCUGACCGAGCCAAAAAGCCACACGCAGUUAGCGUCUCACCAAAACCAUCACACACCCCACCUGUAGACGCCGAAUCAGAGCUAGAGGACGGUUGGGACAAAGAGGAAGGCGAUGUGCCACCCAAGCGAGAACGCCGCCAACCCGAAACAACGGGCGACGUCUUCAACGACGAAUUUGCUAGAGUGGUUAAAGCAACCAAGAUCGUCCUAGAAAACUGGAUCGCCUUCCCAAAGACUUUCUCCCGGAUCCUCAUCUUGGAAUUACAACGUCUCUGGGAAUUCUAUAUUGGCUUGCCGAUCACACCUCGUACCUGGUCAUUUCAGAGACCCAGCCUCGACGAGCUAUAGAAUUGCUCUUGGCAUAUGCGAGAUUUGCGCUGGACUGCAGAGUUGAAAUAGACUAUCAUCGAGCGUUUUGUAUACAUAAAUCACUUUGCGCGCGCAUCAAGCAAGCAUACAUGGGCGGAGUUUUGGGCGUUUUAAUACUAGGGAGGACGGGUUGGUAACCCCUUAAAAUUGUCAUGUGUUUUUAUUAUGUGCAUUGUGCAUACCUGAUAGCGUACUAUACCCU